GGUCCAGAGCUGCAGCAUGUUUGGAUAUCUUUGGCUUAAAUCAUCACAGGUCGCUUUAUGGUCGUUAAUCAACCUGAAGCGGAAGCUUCACCUCCACGCGUCACUUCGUUACCAUAGUAACCUGGAGACCCACCGUUAGUUUUGUCAAUAACCAAAACUAUCAGCUAUCAGUGUUUCCUGGCCAUUUCCACUACUGAUCAGCACACUUCUGGCUGUUCAAUGGCAACACGAAUAGAGCAUCUCGCCCGGCCAAAACCCAACCUACUCAAAUUUCCUGACAGGCGCUCUGUAUACUGGUUGGAUCAACGUCCAGCAAAAUCAAAGCGCUCCAACACUGCCUUUGAGCUCACAUCACGUCUGUCCCAGCUGUCGGAGAGGGAAAAGAUUAGUACUUUCUAUGAGUACAGCAGAGAGUCUUCUGAGUGGAAGGUGAGCGCAGCAGCAUUAAAGGCUCAUCCCUCUGAAAGAGUGUGUUCACUCGCUCGACCCCGUCAGCCUGCAGAUGGCUGGCAGCCUGAUCGCCCCCUAUUGCCCACAUUUGGAGUGAGAACUAAGGCUAAAGUGAGUCCCCGGAUCUGCCAGCUGGCUCAUCCAAAAAAGACAAGAAUGGCAGUGACUCCUUCAUUCAACAGCAUUAAUAACUAUUUGACACAAGCCAAGCCGCCUUCUCGUAUCCACCUCCUGUCUAUUCCUAAAAAGGAGCAUCCUCAUUAUCGUCCAGACCGACCUGUGUCAUCGGACGUGCCAAAGUCCGUCCUGGAGGCUGUAGCCAGCGAGAGGCUGCAGGAGCUGGCCACACCAAAGCCCCGCAAACCUCUUUUUGAGGGAUUCGACCCCUAUAAAGUGAGCUCGGCUGCUCUUUCUGCAGCUGCGUCCCCAAGAAUACAGGAACUAUCACUGCCCCCAGCACGCUGGUGCAGGACGAUAUCAGCCUAAGGCAAACAUAAGCAUAAACAUGUGUGAAAUAUCUAUGCAAUAAAUGUAUUAGCCCACAUUAGUUCUCUCUGUCAUAUUAAUCAAUGUCAAAGCAGUUAUUAUUAUAAGAGCAAUAAAUGUAUGAAAUAUCACCACCAGUUAAUUCACUCUUCAUAUUCAUUAGUAAAGCUAACAUCAAGGUCUAGGCACGAUUUUAAUUGGUACUUUAGAUUUAUAUACACAAAUAAAUUGUAACCCUGAAUUGCAUCGUGACUUUUCUUUGGACUGGAAUCGGUCCUAGGAGAGCACUAUUCAUUAAUUGUUUGCAAUCUUUCCAGUCUCAUCUAGGCUUUUAUGCAAAAAGAUAUGAUUACAAUAAAUCGGUUCAUGAGAAUGAGAAUGAAACAGAGACCAUGGAUUUGAUCAUCUGUUAUUGUAAGUGUGAAUUAUUAAUCAUAUAUUAUUUAGCAUUAUUUUAAAGAAACAUUCUAAUCUCUUGCUGUCUUAUUUAAUGGAUCAUAUCAAAUACUACAGCAUAAUAAUCGCAUUAAUAUACAUUGUCAAUAAUAUUAAUGUCAAUACACAUGAUCUGCAAGAUUACUUGUAACUAAAAUGGUGAGAAUAUUAUAAUUGUAGACUUCUGUGCAAUUGAAUAACUUACCUUUAAAGUGUAUUUAUAAAGAAACAGUACAAACCUUUCUAAAUUGUACCCUUUAUACCAUUAUAUCUGACAGCACUUGGUGGAGCACAAAAUGGAAGACCAGCAUCAAAACAGAUAAGUAAUCUAGGUCACAUGUAAUUAAUGUGUAGAAUGAGUCUGUAUCCAUCCAACCACUACAAAACAUACCGAAAUAAACCCCUUAAACUCGUGGAAGAUUUAUGUGGGUCCAAACACACUCUUGUCACUAAAAACCUUUCUUAUGACCUUCACUGAAGUUACUGAAUAAUAGUAAUAUUAAUUAUAGUUGCUGCUUCAGGAUUAAAGAAAAAAAUCCACCUUGAGCAAUAUGCAAAUUAAUUUUUUAUAUUAAAAUGUGAUCUUCAGUGGCAUCCAAGAUUUAUUUUGUUUGACUUUUUUAGUUUCAAAUUCUUUCAUUAACAUGUUGGUCUAUUUGAACUUUGGUUAAUGGUUUUCUAUGCUGAUUUAAAGAGUUAGCCCUUGCUUCAUCUCUACCUAAAGUGACUAAAGUGACUGAUGCAGCAGUGCUUUACUCCUUUACUUCUGUCCAGCUCUCUCACCUCUUCAUCUGUACACUCAAUUCAAUUCAAUUCAAUUAAUUUUAUUUGUAUAGCACUUUUAACAAUGGACAUUGUCACAAAGCAGCUUUACAGAAAUAAAUGGAUUCACAAAAAUAUAUUGUAAAUAUUUGAAUUUAUCACUGUGAAUUUAUCCCUAAUGAGCAAGCCAGUGGCGACGGUGGCAAGGAAAAACUCCCCGAGAUGAUAUGAGGAAGAAACCUUGAGAGGAACCAGGCUCAAAAAGGGAACCCAUCCUCAUCUGGGUGCAAUGGAUAGUGCGAUUAUAAAUAAAUCCCUUCUAUUGUGUACUAUAUGGACAAAUAGUGCAAUUGUGCAACCAAUAAAUUCAUCACAGUUUUUGCAAGAAGUCCGGCUGGUUAAAAUCUAUCCACUGUCCACUGAUGGAGUCCUAAGCACGAAGGUGCUCGUGGCAACCGCAGCCCCAAAGCCACUACAGCAAUCGCAGUCCCAAGCCAUUACAGUACAGCUCCCCAUAUGUGAUCCCCAAGCCAUCUCCACAGCCCCCAGAUGGCACCAUCCCCAGCCAUCCAAAUGGUUCUUCAGGCAGUCCAUAUGGGGCCACCCCCAGCAGCAGCGAGCGAACUCAACUGAUGAGAACUCCAACCAGAAGUAGGGCAUCAGGAUGGGUCAGGCAGCGAGGAGGAGCAGAAGGGGUCAGGAUCACUGGCAUCACUGGCAUCUCAGAAGUAGCAUGUGUAGCUCGACAGAGAGUGAGGGAGAGAGAGAGAUGGAGAGAAAGGAAAAGAUUGUUAGGUGAGCUUUUGUCCUCUAAUGGUUAAGCACGAUGUACUUUGCAUACAGAGUGCAAGCAGGGACUCCGGCAAGACUAGCUAUGACAGCAUGACACUCCGCUCCAGAUAUGGUUCCAAAGCUUCAAAUUUUAUGCACUGCCAACAUCACCAUAUUUGUCAUCUUGUAGAUCACUAACUAGCCAAGCCUAACUUGACCUAUGGAGGAUGCU